UUCUGUCCUUCGGUACAUCCGGCGCGAGAUACAACUGUCACGCCUCACUGUGGUGUUCUACUGACCUAGAGCUCUCUACGGUAGUAGCUCGUAGAAUCACAAAUGGAGAGUAGAAGUGGAAGUGGUGCUACACCAGCGGCAAAUUCUGUAACUCACUUGUCAAAAACUGUUUCGUAUAUAUGCGGAGAAUGUCGGGCUGAAAAUGAAAUUCGACCCAGAGAACUUGUUCGCUGUCUUGAGUGUGGACACAGAGUUUUAUACAAGAAACGGUCAAAACGAAUUUACAUGAAAAUUAUUCACUCUCAGUGUCAUGAUGCAUAAGAAUUUGUAGAUGGUAUAAACGCAUCCAAAGAUAGUUGAUAUGGCAAACAAUUUAUAAGUGUCCUUCUUCCGAUACAAAUACGCUCAUCAAAACAAGUGAGUAUUUCUGUCCCUUCAUAUAAUACCUUCAACUCCUAAAAUUUUGACUUGCAGUAUGCUUAAAAUGAAUUUUUUGUCUUAGAGUUUGGUUUAAAUAAACAUUAACUUCAGACAAUCUGACAUUUUUGUAUUCUUAUCGUUUAAUCGAUCUAAACUUUCCUUUAUUUUAGUGAGUGUUUUCGAAGCUCGAUGAUGACACUUCAAUCCUUAUUGAAUUUCUGUUUAAUUUUGUAAAUAUUUUGCGAAAUAUAGAUAAGUUAUCUUGUGC